AGUUGGCAGACUCGUGCGGCCAGGGCGGGGGGAGGACCAGUCGCCGGCGGCAGACGCCGGCCCUCCCUGUCUCACGUCCUCCGCUGGUCACUUCCCGCAUGCCGCAGGCUCCUCCCUGAGCCGCGGCGGCGAGGCGUGGGGGGCGCGUCCGGGAACGGCUCGGGGUCGAAGCUUCCAGUCGCCCGCACUUCCUCCUGAGACGCCGGUGCGCGGCUGUCUCGGCGGGCGGGAUGGCGGCGGCGGCCCGGGGUAGCGGCCGCGCAUCUGCGCCCGGGCUGCUUCUGCUCCUGCUGGUUCCUCUGCUGUGGGCCCCGGCCGGGGUCCGGGCCGUACCCGACGAAGCCCUCAGCCACCGGAACAAGGAACCGCCGGCGCCUGCCCAGCAGCUGCAGCCGCAGCCCGCGGCCGUGCAGGGCCCCGAGCCGGCCCGGGUCGAGAAAGGAUUUACACCAGCUGCUCCAGUUCAUACCAAUAAAGAAGAUCCAGCUACCCAAACUAAUUUGGGAUUUAUCCAUGCAUUUGUGGCUGCCAUAUCAGUUAUCAUUGUAUCUGAACUGGGUGAUAAGACGUUUUUUAUAGCAGCCAUCAUGGCGAUGCGCUAUAACCGUUUGACAGUGUUGGCUGGUGCUAUGCUUGCCUUGGGCCUAAUGACGUGUUUAUCAGUUUUGUUUGGUUAUGCCACCACUGUCAUCCCCAGGGUGUAUACGUACUAUGUUUCAACUGCAUUAUUUGCCAUUUUUGGCAUUAGAAUGCUUCGGGAAGGCCUAAAGAUGAGUCCAGAUGAAGGUCAAGAGGAACUAGAAGAAGUUCAAGCAGAAUUAAAGAAAAAAGAUGAAGAAUUUCAACGAACCAAACUCUUAAAUGGACCAGGAGAUGUUGAAACGGGUGCAGGCACAACAAUACCUCAGAAAAAGUGGCUGCAUUUUAUUUCACCCAUCUUUGUUCAGGCUCUUACAUUAACAUUCUUAGCAGAAUGGGGUGAUCGCUCUCAACUGACUACAAUUGUUUUGGCAGCUAGAGAGGACCCCUAUGGAGUAGCGGUGGGGGGAACAGUGGGCCACUGCCUCUGCACUGGACUGGCGGUCAUUGGAGGAAGAAUGAUAGCGCAAAAGAUCUCCGUCAGGACUGUGACAAUCAUAGGAGGCAUCGUAUUUUUGGCGUUUGCAUUUUCUGCACUAUUUAUAAGUCCCGAUUCUGGUUUUUAACGUUCAUUUGUAUUUAGUUUAAGAUAGGUAACUAUGUACAUAGUGUAUAUUAUAACUAAAAGUGAUGGAAAAUACUGUAUUUUGUAGCAUUGAUUUGUGAGUUUGACCCACUUAAUGGAAGUAUUAUGUCCAAAAGAAAUAAUCACUGAUUCUAUUUGCAAAAUGGAUUUUUAAAAGAAAGCUGAUAUUUGUGUGAGUUUUUCCUCUUCUCCAGCAUAAUUAUGUUAAUAUAAGGUCUCCGUUUUUAUUUUAUUGGCUUUUUUUUUUGGCCAGGGGUGAGGUGGGGGUAGUAUUAUAUAGGGAACUGUUGUUCAGGGGGGUCUGCCACUUAAUUUUUUUUCAGCACUGACUGACCCCUUUGUAAAGAAUAUAAAUUUUCUCCUGGAUAACCAAGGUGUUUUAAGAUGUUUACCUUAAAAUUCUUCCUGGGGGAAAGAAUGAAUUAAUUUCUAUCUUUUAAAACAUUUUCCUGAGCCAGUAAGCAGUGGUUUAAUCAGAAGUCUUUUCAAAAUUUGUCUUUUAAGAGCAAGAGAAAGGUACUGCUGUUAUUAACAUGACAGUUGUUUGCCAGGUCCUUUCUUCCUCUUUUUUAAUUGGGUAGAAAACCCAAUACAGUAACAGUCAAUAUUUGACCAUGUGGAAUUAGCAAAUUAAGAGAGAAUACUGUGAGUGUAUUCAUAUUUUUCUAUGCUGAAUGAACAGUGUAACAUGCGACAUAAAUAAAAGCGGUGUGACCAGUG